GGGGUUCGGGAAGGGUGGCUGUGGAGGGGGAAAGAGAGUCCCAGACCAACGGAUAAUCUAGCAGCGGUGUUUUGCUGAGACAACAAGGAAAGAUCAAUGCCAAAAUAUUGAGAUUUCAGCGCGGCACAUUUUACUAUUCAUUGUCAUAUCUAGAUCUGUCAUCCUCGAUGCGUCAGUAAGUUUAGCGGUUCAUAAUCAGUGAUUGCUAGUUAUCUUAGUCCCUGAUAAACAAACGGCCAGUUAUUGUAUAAAUAUGAUAAAGAUAUGAAAGCUUUGUUUUCUGGUGAAAAUCUCAUAGAAAAGUGUCCAUUUUUGGCCUAAACUUCCGCGUACUUACGUAUCGCAAUUGGUUAAUUAUUGUAAUUAUAGCAGGUGUGACGUCAAAUGCGUGGUACUUUAUGACUAACAGGCGCAAUUGGCUCGCUGAUGGAUGAUCAUAAAAUGCCCACUGCCCGAAAUGAGACUCAACUUACAGUUCACCUGUCUCCGUCUGGCUUGCUUGGUAUUCUUAUUCCCGUGUACAAGAGAUUUGAUAACAUAGAAUUUGAUAGGAUUUUGCUGAUUGAUAUGACAUAGAAAACUCAAGAAAGGACAUUUUGACAGAAGAACGAUAGAGUUUCCGCAUUGGUUUUCGAAGCGAGAGGCAAGAGGGGCAAUGCUAUCAGAUAUCUGGUGUAUGUCACGCAACACAUAGGCCAAUCAUCCGCGCUCCCUUCCACUCAAACGACACUGUAUAUUUCCUUGCCAUAACAGAAUUGUUUUAAUCACCCAAGAUUAAUUACUUGUGAGUUUGGACUUUUUACGGUCAACCAGCUUUGAGCCAAGGCUUGAAUCAUCUGCAUGCUAGAGCAUCGGAGCGUUGUGUUUACAAAAACCCCUAAACAAAGCCAACAGUAAGGUGUCGCCUUGAGUGUAAUGGUUAAUUAAAAGCCAUGUCAUGUCAACAACAGYCUUUCAUUAGAAAUUAGAAAUUCGAUGAAGAGCUAUAUUUGGAUCUCCAGUGAUCAUAUCAUAAAACUACACUUCGAAACCAAGCUGUAUCCCUCGACGAUUUUGAGUCAUUCAAGGAACACUAUUUUUCCCCACUUCGGCCUUGUAAUAGGAUUAAAGCAAGGCUAUAUUGAAUGUUGACUAAUACGUUCGCGAGCAACAUCCUACAUAAUCAUCGGUUGAGCAAGUUCUAAGAGUUGAGCGAUUUGUUGGUACUUAUUCACUUGUGUCUUUGACCGGAGAGUACUGAGCUUUUACCAACAGAUGUGAAGGCAGUCCGGUUAUACAGUUUCUUGUGUUAUUUCCGCCUCGACGAUCGCUCGAAGUGAUGUUUAUGAAAUAUGCUCCAAGCAAGACAGCUCGAUAAUUCCCAGUUGCUGAACUGUACGCGAUGAGGCUGGGGGAAAGGUCUUGAUGACAUCAGGCGAAAAAGCAAAAGCAUUUCCAAGGAGAAUAACAAGAAGGUAUGCUAAAGCUGUUUACAUGCCGUUCAGAUACUACAGUCAUCGAAGACGACGAGAAAGAUUACACUAAGGUUGACCUCGACAAACACAGACCAACUUACAAAGUCAGAUACCUUGGAUGUGAAGAGCUGUAUAAACCGGACUUAACCCAAAUGUGCGAGACUGUGGACGAUAUUUACACAAGACAGAGAAGUCGAUUUAGAAAAUUAACCCGUUGUUCGUUAGUAAUUACCAAGGAAGCCCUUAUCUUACGAGAUCCUGACAAGACAGAGGACGAAGAGAGGGGCUUUAGUCUCAAACGAAUACUAUAUUGUGGUGUUUACGGUAGACAUCAGAAGUUGUUCUUCUACAAUUAUCAAUUUGGAGUGAAAGGAGAUUUAGUGAAUUGCCAUGCUUUGCUAUGUGAGACAAAAGAAGAGGCAAAAAGCUUGGCCAAAGUUAUUUCCAAAGCAUUUAGAAUCCAAGCUCAGAAGGCCCAUCAAGAGGACCUCGAAAACCGAAAACUACACGCGAGGGGUCUCAGCCAAAGUAGUCUAUCGGAACAGAGAAAGUAUUUUGAUUUAAAAAACUCACGCGGGACGCUAAGCGCUAGUGAAGAAUUCCAACCGAAGGGAAAAGGGGAAAAAGAUACCCGGAUUGGUAGAAGUUACGGGAUACAUGAUUGGGAAAUUACAGAUUCUUCUAGAGACGAUACGAGCAUGAGUUCGUUUAACGCUGAGAUACGAGAUAUAAUGGAGACAUCUUCCAUUACCAACUUUAACGAGAUAGAAGAGGAAUCUUCGAGUGUAGUCGAACAAGUUCAACUAGUAGACGGAGCUGCAAAUAGCGAAGACAAUUCUAGCCAAAAAGACGCGAUAAAUACUACGGAUUUUUCGUUCAAUAUCAAAGAUAUCGAACAUUGGUCGUUGGUUCAGAACUUAUAUUCCACGGAUGUGUAAACACUUUAGAGGUAAUGUUAUUGAUUUAACGCUCAAGUUUAUUUUGAUAUGAAAGCCAGUGAAAGCUAAUUGAACGGAAUGCCGAUUCCUUGGGAAGUAAACUGUGUCUAAGUAAAUUGUGCUUACUUGUGUUCUAUGGAAUAUAAUUGAAGGCAAUCAAGAAAUAUCAGGGCCGCCCCAGUAGUAUGUCACGCUAUAACUGCUAUUGUAAUCGCGUCUAGUGCACUGAUGGGAUGAUGGAGUAUUGCACGUAGCAUUGGAAUUAUCUUCACUGAAUCCUUCAUGCUAGUGUUUCAAUCUACUUAUGCACUGCCAGGAUAUUGUAAAUACUUCCAGGAUCAAGUAUUGGAGAAAUAAAACCAUUCUUUAGGAAUCAAGAAGGUGUUUCUGUCGUUUAAAGUUUAUAUAAACACUGCGCGCAGUCAUGUCGGCUCAACACAACAUUGACUUAACAAGACUUCUUGGUGCAAUCGGAAAUCUUAUUCAAAUCAAAAAAUCCUUUUAAAAUUCAACUAACUCUUAUUCGCAAAAGAUUUUCUUUCGUCUUGUAAGACGUGUGCUCAAUAUUCUGCUUGACAUUUAGGGAUUAAAUGUUGAAGGUAUUUGUGCUAUUUGGGGUCUUAAGCAUAAAAUCGUACAACGAAUAUAAAACUCUCUCCAGUUAUUGAUGCUCAAGCUUAUUAUAUGACAGACUGAAUACCCAUCUCUUGAAUGUCGCUCGUGUAGAACGACGCUUAGUGCAGAGAGCUUCCAGGAUCGCUCUGUAACAUUCAAAUGAUCUUCCUGUGUGUAGAAUAAAGAAACUAUAAAACAAAUUAGUCUAAACAGAUAAGUUUUUACGAAUAGUGAAAAUGGAUGGAUCGUAAAAGGUCAACCGGGUGAAUCUCUGGCAGAGUCAGGAUGGAUUCAGUGAAUCCUUCAUUUCAUGGCAUCUGACCACAAGAAUUUCUGAUUUCAAACCAUUAAACCAUUAACUGUCCUUAGACAUAUGCUCGCUAAAUAAUCAGAAAAAUAUUUACAAAAUGAACAAAUAUGUACACGUUUUCCUUCAUCUCGCGAGAUAAUUGAAUUAAAUAGUAGACAAGCUA